UUACACGUACUACUACUACGAUUAAGUACAGACAUACUAGCGAUAGACAUACGCAAGCAUGGGAGAUAGCAAAGGAACCAAGGUGUACGUGGGUAACCUCGAGCACGAUGCCUCAGAGCGUGACCUGCGUGACAUGUUUGAAACUUUUGGUAGUGUUAAUGACAUCUGGAUCGCCCGCAAUCCCCCAGGAUUCGGAUUUAUCUGGUUUGAGGACUCGCGCGACGCCGAUGACGCGGUGAAGGAACUGCACGACCGAGAACAUAACGGAAAACUUCUUCGCGUUGAAAUCAGCAACAGCCGCGGCGGCGGCCGCGGCCGCGGGCCCAGUGACUCGGAGUGCUACGAGUGCGGACGCAUAGGCCACUUCGCGCGCGAGUGUCCCAAUCGGCGCGGCGGUGGCUACGGCGGCGACCGUCGCGGCGGUGGCGACCGCAGAUACGGUAGAGACGAUCGUGGUAGAGGCUAUGGAGGUAGAGGGCGUAGCCGCUCCCCUAGUCCGUACAGGCGUCGAUCGCCUAGUCCGUACCGCAGACGCUCUCCCAGUCCCAGACGGAGGUCGCCUGACGGCUACCGCUCGCGCAGCCCACCUCCCAGACGAACGAGGUCACGUUCACCGCGCAGAAGCCCAGCUUAAGCCCCAGAUACUAGGCCCGAUGGUAAUGAUACCAGCUGGCAGUAACUCGGAUGCUGGUUCACUCGCUGGUACUACCGCGGAUUGUACCGUACUAUGUAUAAGAAACCUAAAAUAAACUGUGUAUCAAAUGAGGAUGUCGUAAACUUAAAGAGACAAAACAAC